AUCGAAAGUACGUGUAUGUUGUCAGAAUGCUGUCGCGCUCAUUGACGGCAACUUGCUGCCUAUUUCUCCUGUUGGUCAACUGCCAGCCAGGAGUCUCGAAACGCCUAGGACCUGAGCUCAGUCCAGAAAAGAAGGAAAAAUUUGCUGGUUCAUUGGGUUCUUCAUCGAGUCGCGUCAUUGGUGGCACAGAUGCCGUGGAUGGUGAGGCUCCAUAUCAAGUCUCGCUACAGGGUACUCUGUACAAUGAUCAUAUGUGCGGUGGGGCAAUCAUCAAUAAGGAUUGGGUCCUAACGGCCGCCCAUUGCGUGUAUGGCUACAAUCCACCCUAUCUGCAAGUGGCCACGGGAUCUACUCGUUGGGCUCAACCAGACGCCAGGUAUCAAGUGAAGGAAUAUUAUGUGCACUGCAAUUACAAUUUUCCCAAUUAUCACAAUGAUAUUGCAUUGAUCCAUCUGAACGAGUCGAUUGUGUGGAAUGAGUACACACAGCCGGCACCCUUGCCCACGGAACCGCUCGUCGAUGGUGCAGAAUUGGUACUCACCGGCUGGGGUUCAACGGAGCUGUGGGGUGACACCCCCGAUGUGCUCCAACGGGCCAACCUCAAAUACGUUGAGUACAAUAGAUGUCAGGAAAUAAUGGGUGGCGAUGACAACAAUGGGAUUUGCCACAUAUGUACACUAACAGAUGAGGGCAAGGGCGCUUGCCAUGGAGAUUCUGGUGGACCGCUCACAUGGCAGGGCAUCUUGGUGGGCCUGGUCAACUGGGGUUAUCCCUGUGCGAUUGGCUAUCCAGAUACCUUUGCCUCUGUAUAUUUCAAUAGGGAUUGGAUUUCCCGUGUUACAUCGGGAACUUGCGAUUCCACCUGCCAUUGCUAUGCCAGCAAUUAUCCCUCCCUAUGAUGACAAAUAAAUGGUAAUGCGAUAAGUAUUUAAUCUCUGAA